AUGCCGAAAGCUCCACCUACUAAGGACCCGCAUGAAGACAUAAAAUACCACAUCAUACGCAGAGGGAGCGAACCAGGGUGCUACCAGUUACACAAGCCCAAAGAAUGUCGGCUGCGAUUCCCGCUGAGCAACAAGCCGAUCCACAAGUGCUCGCUGCCCCCGGUAGAAGUUAUCCAGGUGCCACAGCCGGGCCUCGGGUUCAGGAAGCUCGUUGUGCCCAAGAAGACCCCUAACUUGUACCCCGCCGUCAUGCCCAAGACCGAGUAUGAGCGGUUGAAGAAACAGGCCAAGAUAGUGACAAGCGAAGAAAUGAUCAAAGCGAUGCACGAGCAAGAAGCGGCGAUACAGAAGGCGGCCAAAGAGUCUGAGGAACGGAAGGAGUUGCUCAAACAGAAGCUUCAAGAACAGCCAGGGGCGGAGGCCGCCACUGGGACCGCGGACCCCGAACUGGAAGGCCCUGACCAAGCUGCCUACACACUUACACGUGCUGAGAUGAUGAAAGCCGACAACAUGCAAGGGCCACGGCUGUGCAACGGGAUCAUCCUAGCAUCAAAGUGCCACGCCAUACGCGACGCGCAGAUCGUCGAGAAGGAACUCAUCAAGAAGGAGCUGGAAGAAGAAACCAGACGCUUGGACGCAAUAAUGGAAGAGAACCGCCAAGCGGCGGUGGCGCGGGCCGAAGCCGAAGAAGAACGGCGCUUCCAGCUGCGGCUGCAGAACCUGGCGGCACUCAAGGAGCAAAUCAGCGCGCACAUGACUGCCAAGAUAAUGGAAGCAGAACGCAUCGAGGAGGAGAGCAUCCGCGUGAACCAGGCCAACAUAGCGAUGCAGAUCGACGAGGCGCAGAAACUGAAGGAGAAGCAUGCCCGCCAGCUCAAGCUCAAGGAGAUACUCGACCAAGGCAAUGCAGAGUUGUUGUACUACAAGCAGCUCCAGAACGAGGAGGAUCGUAUAAUGAACCUGAGGAUCGACAACUUCCUCAAAGCCAAGCAGGAGAGGGACUCCAAGAACAAGGCCGAAGCAGACGCCAUCAAGGCCGCCAAGCAGAAGGGGAUCGACCACAUUGCCAAGGCUCAGAAGGCGGAACAAGAGCUGAAAGAAGAAUUGGAGCGCAUACGCAACCUGAAGAUACAAGAGGACGUGGAGCGGGACUACCGGCGCAAGGAGAGGGACCUGGCCAUCAAGAGGAACAAGGACAUGAAGGCACUGCACGAGGCUAGAGUCCAACAGAUCAACGAUAUCCAUCGCCUGAUCGCGCGGGAAAUCGCCAAGGACGAGCAGAGCUUCAACAACGCGGCGCGACAGAAUGAGGAGUUCUUGCGCAGGGAGAAGGAGUUGGAUAAUAAACGCAAAGCCCGCAUCGAGCACCAUCGCCAAGAGAUCAUGAAGCAGAUCAAUGACAAGGAACGGGCCAGGGCGGAGUUGCGAGCGAAGGUCCGCAACGAAGGUGUGGCCAUCAGACUCGAGCAGCAGCAGCAGGACAAGUACGAGAAUAUGGUCAUCAAGCAGAAGGUGGCGUUGAUGCGACAACAGAAGAUCCCAGAGAAGUAUGUGACGGAGGUAGAGCAGUCGCUGUACAAACAUGGAUACAAGUAGUACUAGCGCACCGUAAGUUAGACGUAAGGGUGGCGUAGGCGCAGCGGGAGUGGUCACCGGGGACAGUG